AUGAAGACGAUUCUGUCAUCGGAGACUAUGGACAUCCCCGAGGGGGUUAAGAUAAAGGUGAAGGCGAAGAUGAUCGAAGUGGAAGGACCAAGAGAAUCCUCUCUCCUCUCCAAUAAUCUUUCCCCAUUCUCCAGCUCUGUCCGCCAUAUCCGUACCAACCGCGGCGAUCCUAGUCUCAGAUAUGAGAUUCCACCUCCAGUAAAUUGGGGAAUCCGAAUUGUUCCGGAGCAGAAGGCGUUCGUGGUCGAGCGAUUCGGAAGAUAUGUCAAGACUCUGACACCUGGAAUCCACCUCUUGAUUCCAUUCGUUGACCGUAUCGCCUAUGUGCAUUCCCUCAAGGAAGAAGCGAUACCAAUUCCGGACCAGUCAGCUAUAACGAAGGACAAUGUCAGCAUUUUGAUUGAUGGGGUUCUUUAUGUGAAGAUUGUGGAUCCGCGGUUAUCAUCUUAUGGAGUUGAGAAUCCCUUGUAUGCAGUUAUUCAGCUUGCGCAGACAACUAUGCGCAGUGAGCUUGGGAAGAUCACUCUUGAUAAGACGUUCGAGGAAAGAGAUACCUUGAAUGAGAAGAUAGUGAUUGUGGAUCCGCGGUUAUCAUCUUAUGGAGUUGAGAAUCCCUUGUAUGCAGUUAUUCAGCUUGCGCAGACAACUAUGCGCAGUGAGCUUGGGAAGAUCACUCUUGAUAAGACGUUCGAGGAAAGAGAUACCUUGAAUGAGAAGAUAGUGAUGGCCAUCAAUGAUGCUGCAAAAGAUUGGGGUCUGAAAUGUCUUCGUUAUGAAAUAAGGGAUAUAUCUCCUCCCAGGGGAGUGAGGGCAGCUAUGGAGAUGCAGGCGGAAGCAGAGCGCAAAAAGAGAGCUCAGGUUCUGGAGUCGGAAGGAGAACGGCAGGCACACAUUAAUAUUGCAGAUGGGAGAAAGAGCUCAGUUAUCCUUGAAUCAGAAGCUGCAAAGAUGGAUCAGGUUAACAGAGCUCAAGGAGAACGGCAGGCACACAUUAAUAUUGCAGAUGGGAGAAAGAGCUCAGUCAUCCUUGAAUCAGAAGCUGCAAAGAUGGAUCAGGUUAACAGAGCUCAAGGCGAAGCGGAAGCAAUCCUUGCUAGAGCACAAGCAACAUCCAAAGGAAUUGCAAUGGUGUCACAGACCCUUAAAGAACUUGGGGGCAUGGAGCCAUUGGCAUCGGUUGAAGCUGCUCCUACAAGGCUUUUGGGCAAAAAUUCAACAUACAGUAGGCACUGCACAUUGCAAUGGUGCUCCGGUCAUUGUGCAGAUGGCGUCGGGACAGCCGCACGAGUAGGUGACACCGUUGGCGCCACACACCGGUUCAUACCGGAAGCAGGCUAUGGGGCAAGAGCUUGGGUCUGCUGUUCCGGGGCAGAGAUUGAUGUCGUCAGAUCGGACGGUGAGAAGGCAAUUGAGGAUGGUUAUGAGAGUGAAAAGAGAGAUUGA